AUGCCCGCCGACGCCCCAGGUUCGUUCUCCCUCGACACUCUCACGAUCACGACGGGCAACUAUGUUUUAACCUCUGCGGCUAACCCUUUCCUCUCUCCCCCCUCGCCAGUGCAGGAUACCAUUCGCAUCCUCAUAGCGACCGACAACCAUGUGGGCUACGAGGAGCGCGACCCCAUCCGGAAGGAUGACAGCUGGAAAACCUUCGACGAGAUCAUGAACCUGGCCAGGGCUAAGGACGUCGACAUGGUCCUCCUCGGCGGCGAUCUCUUCCACGACAACAAGCCCUCCCGGAAGUCCAUGUUCCAGGUUAUGCGGUCCCUCCGCAAGAAUUGCCUUGGCAUGAAGCCCUGCGAGCUCGAGUUCCUUUCUGAUGCACACGAGGUCUUUCAGAGUGCCUUCCCUCACGUCAAUUACGAGGACCCUGACAUGAACAUCUCGAUACCUGUCUUCUCUAUCCACGGGAACCAUGACGACCCUAGCGGCGACGGUCAUUACUGCUCUUUGGACCUGCUGCAGGUAGCAGGCCUGGUUAAUUAUUUCGGACUGGUCCCCGAGGCCGACAAUAUCCAGGUCAAGCCGGUCCUGCUGCAGAAGGGUAGGACCAAGCUCGCCCUCUACGGCCUGAGCAACGUGAGGGAUGAGCGAUUGUUCCGUACAUUUCGGGAUCACCACGUCACCUUUUUCCGGCCGACACAGCAAGCCUCCGACUUCUUCAACCUGUUGACCGUCCAUCAGAAUCAUCAUGCACAUACCGCUACAUCGUACUUGCCCGAGAACGUGCUGCCCGAUUGGAUGAACUUUGUCGUCUGGGGCCACGAGCACGAGUGCAAGAUCGACCCAUACAAGAAUCCCGAGACAGGCUUCCAUGUGUUACAGCCUGGUUCGUCAGUGGCGACCUCUCUGAUCCCCGCGGAAGCUGUGCAGAAACACGUCGCAAUCCUCAGCAUUACCGGUCAGGACUUUGAGUGCGAACCCAUAGCGCUGAAAACCGUCCGCCCAUUUGUCCAAAAAGACAUUGUGCUGCAACAGAUACCAGCGUUUAAGAAGCUUCAGAAUAUGAAGGAAAAUCGCCCACAGAUUACAAAGCUGCUCAUCCAGCAAGUCGACGAAAUGAUCGAGCAGGCAAAUCAGGACUGGCUUGCACUGCAGGAUGUGCCAGAGGAGGAAAUCCAAGACGAGGACUGGCCGCUACCUCUGAUACGUCUCAAGGUGGAAUACAGCGCAGCAGACGGCGGCAACUUCGACGUCGAAAACCCGCAGCGAUUCUCGAACCGUUUCGUGGGCAAGGUCGCCAACAUCAAUGAUGUCGUGUCCUUCUACCGCAAGAAAACUACCACGCGACGCGGAAACGACGAUCCCGGCCUGGCUGAGCGAAUCAUGGAAGCCAUGGGGAAUGACGAUAUUGUCAAGCCCGACGUUUUGGUCGAGGAAUUCCUCGCACAGAGCUCCCUGAAAGUACUCCCCAAGAACGAGUUCAUCUUGAGACUGGUAAACUUUGUUGAGAAGGGCGGUUCCCACGUCAUGGAUGAGUUUGUGAAUGAGUCCUUGUCCAAAUCGUUGAGCGCGAUCGUGAAGCUCAGUGCUUCGGACCCAGAAGCCGAUAUCCCAACUCUUUUGGAGACGUGGAAGGAGCGUGAGGAGCAAAACUAUGCCAAGAAUGGCAAGACCGCAAGUGGCCCAAAAAGACGAAUAAAGGAGCGACCAGAGGAUUACGACUCUGACCUUGGAGAUCACUGGGGUGACAACCCGGAUCACUGGGAAGAUGUAGCGGCGCCAGCUCCAGCAAAGAACACGGGUGGCCGGAAUCGACGCACUGCUAGUGACGAAGACGUCGAGAUGGACGACUUGUUCGUUUCCCAAGCGGAUCAAGACGACUCGCUGGUGUCGCAGCCAUCAAACCAGGCCUCAAAGCGCGGCGCCGCAGCGAAGAAAGCCCCGGCCAAGAAGGCUCCCGCAAAGAAGGCGCCGGCCGCCAAGAAAACGCCUGCAACACGUGGGCGGGCCAAAAAGAAAGCAGGGAUCCUUGUGGACAGCGAUGAGGAUGACGAAGAGGAAGGAGCGGAUCAAGGAGACGCCAUGUCAGAAGACGUAUUUAUGGACGAGGAUGAAGAGGACGAUCCGCCCGCCCCGCCGCCGAAGCGAGCAGUGCGCACUACCAAAGCUGCGACGUCGAAGACGGCAACAUCUCGGGCUACAAGAGCCGGGCCCGCGACGAAGACACGACAGUCAACGUUGAACUUCUCGCAGUCGCAGCGCCCCGCCACACAGCGUGUCACGCAGACUCAGAAGGCUCUUGAAGUUAGUGAUGACGAGAUCGACGACGAUGAUGACGACGAUGUGUUUGAGCCGGUCGCGCCGCCAACGACGAGGAGCAGACGGCGUUAG